CUGUCUCUUGGCCUUUGCCAUCCUUUGCCACGAUGGGGACGACUUCCAGUAGUUUCUCUGCUUUGCAGGAGCCCUUUGAUGCCACGCAAUUUCAGCAGGUUCUUAGCACGUGGCUAGCGCCAAUGCGCUUGGAAUGCAGCCAUCCUCUGCUUGUAGGCUGGUACAACAAAGCUCGAGCUGAAACUGCAGAUGGAACGCAGAGCAUCGAAGGGCCUGAUGAUGCCGUGGCGUUUGCCAUUUAUUCGGUGCCACAAUUCUUGGAGGUUGUCGUCGAGCACUACGCUCGUGAGAAGCCAGAGAGGGACAUCGUGGAUGGUGCAACGAACGCCAUCCUCGGUGAGCUCCGCAAUCAACUACCAAGCUCUCUAGAUGCACAAGUCAUCAACACGGACGUAGGACCGCCCUACUUCCAUGUGCAAACAAUUGGUGCGGUUUGUGCAGAAGACCAGCACGUUGAAGCGGAGGUGUUGCCUGUCACGGGAGUGAAUAUGUUGUGGUGA